CAUGAAUGACGAGGACGCGACGGUGAUUGCGUGCUUGGAUUCCGCGGAUGCGAUCCUCAGGCUUCGCGAUGUGCUCAACACGCAACUCCAGCAGGGGUGGAUGGAGAUGGCGCGUGCUCGCUACUCCAUGGGGCAUUCCAGGAUCAACGAGUCGCUCUUCAGCAUGAGAGCGCACCGCUCGCUUGUGUGCGUUAGCGGUAAGCUCUGCUUUGCGCUGGAUCGAAAUCAAAGCUAGGGCGAUUUCUUCACAGAAGGCGAGCUGGAGAUCAAGCCAAGCGGCUCUGCGCAAGAAGAAGAAGAAGAAGACUCGAGUGACGAUGAAGUGGUGGUACGAGAAGAUUGUUUCGCCUUGCGAUGUUGUGGUGAUCGUCGUUACAUUCGCAGAUGAUGGACAGCAAGAGAGUGGAUCCCCUGUGCUGGUUUGGCAGCCUCGUCUCGCCUCACUUGCGAGCUUCACAGCAAUCCUUCCAGAAAGCAUUGCGGACACUGGUGGAAAUCGCGAACGCUCAAUGCGACGCACAGAUCCAGUGCGACAAAGUAUCGAGCGGGAGGGGUCCAAGCCAGUAAUUACGAAUGACGACGAUGUUGCUGGCUGGCCAAGGAAAACCAGGUCACGAAAUCACGAUCUACCCACGUCUGCCCUAGCCGGCACGUGUCGGUGGAUCUCCAAAACGGCAGCUCUGUUUUGUGUAGGAGGACCUAAUAUAUUUCCAUGCUCUCUUUCUUUGCGCGUCUUUCUGGUCGCGGGCACGAGCUGGGAUAGAGGAGGAGGACGCGGUCGUCUCCACAUCGCCAAGGCACAGCCCUCGAGCGUGAGUGUGUUGGUGCGGUAGAUCUGGUAGAUCUGUGCGUGUGC